UAUCCCCGGCCCUCUCCCAGUCCCGUCCCACCGCCCAGGCCCCCGGCCUUCUCCCAGUCCCGUCCCACCGUCCAGGCCCCCGGUCCUCUCGCAGCCUCCUGACAGACCAGCGACCCGGUAACGUCCAGCAGGCAGCCUGCACCAAAACUCUGUCCUCUGUUUGUGUCGUCUGCCGCCAUGGGCACCGUCAGGCAUUUCAUCGUCAGUGUGGCGAUUCCUCUCACGUUAGUUAUCUGUAUUUUAUUCUCACUCCCUCUGGUGUGUGGCCAUGGACAUAGUCAUGAUCAUGAGGAGCCUCCAGCUUACAAGUGGAGUCGCCAGGCAAAUGAGGCUUAUAAUGAGCCAGCUGCCCACGAUCAUGGGCACGGCCAUGGGCAUGCACACCAUCAUGGCCAUGGACACGGGCAUGCACAUGACCAUGGGCAUGGACAUGCACAUGAUCAUGGGCACGGGCACGCACAUGAUCAUGGGCACGGGCACGCACAUGAACAUGAACCCCCAGCCCAUAAAUGGAGCAAGGAAGCUAAUGAAGCACACGCAGAGGCCCACAAGGAAGCCCACACGAAACCCCCACCAGCCAAGUCGGGGAACAUCUGGCUUGAGGCAAUUGGAGCCACGAUUCUUAUCAGCAUUGCCCCGUACCUCAUCCUGUUCUUCAUUCCCGUCAACAACACUAAGGAGCAUGAGCCUUACCUAAAGAUCCUCUUGGCGUUUGCGUCAGGUGGCCUCCUGGGGGACGCAUUCCUACAUCUCAUUCCCCAUGCUCUGAUGGCCCAAGCUGGAGUGGGAGGCAGCGACAGUCACUCCCACUCCCAUUCCCACUCCCACUCCCAUGGAGGGAAUGGCGAAGGGGGUCAUGGGCAUGACAUGAGUAUUGGACUUGCAGUUCUUGGAGGGAUUAUUGCCUUCCUUAUGGUGGAAAAAUUUGUCCGCAUCUUUAAGGGUAGCCACUCCCACUCUCACUCCCAUGCCCCCCCUAGGAAGGACAGCAGUGACAGAAAGAGUGAGGGAGAGAAUACAGAUAGUGACAAGAAAGGAGAAAAAAAGAAGGAUGGAGACAAAGCAGGAAAGAAAGGAGAUAAGAAGAAAGCAGAUAAAAAUAAAAAAGAAAAUCAAGGAGACAUCAAAGUAGCCGGGUAUUUGAACUUGGCAGCAGAUUUCACUCACAAUCUGACUGACGGCCUUGCCAUUGGGGCAUCCUUCCUGGCAGGCAAAAGUGUCGGCAUUGUCACCACCAUUACAAUUUUCCUUCAUGAAAUCCCACAUGAAAUUGGUGAUUUUGCUAUUCUUUUACAGUCUGGCUGCAGUAGGAGGAAGGCAAUGAAGCUGCAGCUAGUGACUGCUCUGGGUGCUUUAACAGGUACCUGCAUUUCUCUUCUUGCUGAAGGAGCAGAUGAGUCAGCCAUUGCCUGGAUACUUCCCUUCACUGCUGGGGGUUUCAUCUACAUUGCCACUGUGUCUGUGAUUCCAGAGCUGCUAGAAAACACCCAGUUCUGGCAAUCUAUAUUUGAGGUUAUUGCUCUCUUGAGUGGUGUUAGCCUCAUGGUGGUGAUUGCCCAACUAGAGGAAGUGGGCCAUGAACACUGAUGUUUUAUCUGGAAGUGUUAAAAUUUUUAUAAAUUUGUUUUCCCUCAUUUAGAAAGGGUCAGUUUAGUUUAUUUAUUAGUGUUGUGUUUUAACUUGGUUUCAUUGUUUUUGCUUCUUUUUUUAUAUGUGUAAUUUUACCAUGGAGAAUGGAAAGUGACGAAUGGAUAUUAGCUCAGCUCUACUACCACAGAGUAAAUAUAGAUGUAUACAUAUUGUGUGGUUCAUAGAAUGUUUUUUAUAUAUUUAUCUUUGACUAUUUAGAUAUUUGUUUUCCAUUUCCCUGCCCCUUUUUUUUGUUUUGCUUUGCAGUUGUAGUAACCUUUGUUUGUGCAUUUAGUUGUUCAUAUAUUAGUUUCAUAUUUAUGAAGUGGUGCUUAGGUCAAGAGUCAAAAGAAAGAACUGCUGUUAUAUUUUUCUCAGUGUGUUUAUUUAAAUAUUUUUGUAUAUGCACAUUCUAAUAUGAAUUUUACUGAACUUUCCAAUUUACACAAACGUUGCUGAGUGUCAUAAUUGUAAGUUUAUACAUAUUGUCAUCAUUAUUUUUGUUUUAAUCUGAUCUAGCAAAAGCAUUCCCUACUCCAUUUUCCUUCCAUAAACUCAGAUCUUCAUAACCUAUUUUUGUCUGUCAUUCUUCCAGACAAUUAGACUAGACCUUUUUAUACUUGGAACAAACCCGGGAUUGCAUGUAUGCAGUCAAAUCAUUAUUUUCAUAGAAAUAAAAUGCAAUAUUGAUCUACUUAUUUCUAUUGCUCUGCCAAUUUCAUGGUUUGUACAGUUGUAUGUAUUGCAGACCUAUAGUUGUGUGAAGAUACACAAGCACAAUUUUACAGGUAUACUUCCAGACACUUUGAACAUUUUCUUUACAAACAUCUAUAGAAACAGAGAUUUUCAUAAGCAUAUUAUCAUAUAUAUAUAUAUAUUGUUUUCUUAUCUUUUUCACAAGCACACAGGCACAUGCACUUUCUUUUACACACUGUGUCAUCAAAAACACACAGAUAUAAUUAACUUAAUUUUUCAGUGUAAUCUGCAAAAGUGAUCAAAUGAACAAUUGUCAUUAUGAAUGGUUGCUUAGUAGUAAAGAGCAUUAGAAUUCUACAUGAUGCUGGGAUGUUGGGCGCUGGCAGGCAUAGUUUAGUUUUUUACUAGUAAAGUUAAGGUAGGGAUGUGUUAGGUGGUUAUGAUUAAUAAGAAAUAUAUUUUUGUCUGAUCUGGAUGGACUGUGUGUGUCAUAAAUAAAUGCCCUAUCUUCAUUUGAUGUUUUGUUGCUCUUCAUUUUGUCAUUAUAUUUUUAAUCUGUUUUUAAGAGCAAUGUGUUUUUGUAUUUUGCAAGUUACUGAGUUGCAAAGAUUUAAUUUAGUACAUGUGAAUGAAAUGUAAAAUUAGCUGUAUUUCUUAUGCAUAUGCACACUAAUUAAAAGAGAAUUUGA